GUCAAAUAUUAUUUUUCAAAUGAUUUUUUUGGUUUAGUGUUUAAAGUUUAUUAUUGUAUAUUGUUAUCUAACUAAUAAUAAUAAAAUUAAGGACAUUUGGAGUGUACAGCCAUCACUAUAGUUACCACAAUGUCAUAUCAAGACGAUGAAGAGGGUGUGCCAUUCGAUGGUACAACUGGAUCUUUCCCUAAGAAUUUUGGCUACGGGCCUUACGAUGGCGAUCAUGACAUAAUCUCAUCUUCAGGAGAUCAAAAACCUAGGAUCCUUUUAAUGGGCCUCAGAAGGUCUGGAAAAUCCUCCAUUCAGAAAGUAGUUUUCCAUAAAAUGUCACCGAACGAAACUCUAUUCCUAGGCAGUACAAAUAAAAUCGUAAAAGACGAUAUUAAUAACUCAAGUUUCGUACAAUUCCAAAUAUGGGAUUUCCCUGGCCAGAUCGAUUUCUUUGAUUCGAGUUUCGAUUACGACACGAUCUUCGGCGGAUGCGGUGCUUUAAUUUUUGUAAUAGAUGCUCAGGAUGAUUAUAUCGAAGCUUUGAACAAAUUAAAUCUCACUGUAACGAAAGCGUACAAAAUCAAUCAAAACAUUAGAUUCGAAGUGUUUAUACAUAAAGUCGAUGGAUUAGGGGACGAUUUCAAAAUGGAAUCCCAAAGAGACAUUCACCAGAGGGCUGCAGAUGAUUUAACUGAUUCAGGUUACGAUCAGAUCCAUCUAAGUUUCCACUUGACAUCGAUCUACGAUCACUCGAUUUUCGAGGCGUUCUCAAAGGUCGUGCAGAAGUUGAUACCUCAACUGCCCGCUUUGGAAAACCUACUUAAUAUCCUCAACACUAAUUCUGCUAUAGAAAAAUCAUUCCUCUUCGAUGUAGUGUCUAAAAUCUACAUCGCGACUGACUCGACGCCCGUAGAUAUGCAAAGUUACGAAUUAUGUUGUGAUAUGAUCGAUGUAGUGAUAGAUUUGUCUUCGAUUUACGGCAUUAAGGAAGAACAAGAUUCCGCAGCCUUCGAUGAAAUAAGUUCGAGCUUAAUAAAGUUAAAUAACGGUACCAUUCUAUACUUGAGAGAAGUCAAUAAAUUCCUUGCCUUGGUGUGUAUAUUACGCGAAGAUAAUUUUGUAAGCAAAGGUAUAAUCGAUUAUAAUUUCUUGUGUUUCCGGAAGGCCAUACAGCAAGUUUUCGAGUUGAGGAAUAAGAACAAUUCCUCUCCUGUGGCGAACGUCAUAGAAGGAAGUCCUGUGGUGAACGGUACGAAUAUAGCAGGAGAGGAAUUGUCGACGUAAAUUACUUAAUUUGCGUGAGAGCAAAAUGGCGUACCUGCGUAAUUUUUUCGAUUUUAAUUCGUAAUAAAUCCGGAGAGUUUUUCGAUAUUCGAAGGGAACUAAAUAUACAUCUGUAACUGAUAAUUUAUUUUUCUGGCUAUUUCUACUUUAACGUUGUUAAUUGUAUUUUUGUGCAGUUAAGUAAUGUAUAUAUUUGUAUGCUCAAAAGUUAAUUUCGUUAUUGUUUGUUCAUAUAAGAUCGCAGCGGGAAUUCUGGAACGAAAUCUGUUUAUAACAUUUGUACAAUUACAAGAUUCAUAUUUUCCUGUAAAUAUAUUCCUUGCUACUUCGACUAGAUCUAACAAUACCGUUUUAUUUUAUUUUUU